GCCGGAGUGGGAGCCGCGCCUGCGCGGGGGGAGGAGGUGGGGACUUCGUCGUGUCCCUGUGUCGGCGGCGGCGUCCAGGGAGGGUCGGACGGAGGGAGGGGAGGAUGGAGCGGGCGGGCGAGCGGCCGUGAGCGGGGUGGGGAGCCGCGCCGCGCCGCGCCUGCAGGCCGCGGGGCAGGCCCGGGGGGGUGAGAGAGGCGAGGCAGGCUAAGGCAGCCGGGUGCCGGGCUCGUGUGGCGGAGGGGGCUCAAGGCGAGGAGCGUGCGGGCGGCCGGGGCUGGGGCUCCCGCUCCGCAGGGCGGCCGGCGGGGCAGGAUGAGCCAGGAGGAGAUCCUGAGGAAAUUCAUUAAGCGAGUCCAGGCCAUGAAGGACACGGACCACAAUGGGGAGGACAACUUCGCCAGCGACUUCAUGAGGUUAAGAAGAUUAUCGACAAAAUACAGAACAGAGAAGAUCUACCCAACAGCCACUGGAGAAAAAGAAGAAAAUGUUAAAAAGAAUAGAUACAAGGAUAUCUUGCCAUUUGAUCAUAGCCGGGUUAAACUGACCUUAAAAACUCCCCCACAAGAUUCAGACUACAUUAACGCAAACUUUAUUAAGGGAGUACAUGGGCCAAAAGCAUAUGUUGCUACCCAGGGACCAUUAGCAAAUACAGUAAUAGACUUCUGGAGGAUGAUAUGGGAAUACAAUGUUGCUAUAAUCGUAAUGGCCUGUCGGGAGUUUGAAAUGGGAAGGAAAAAAUGUGAACGUUACUGGCCUCUGUAUGGAGAAGCAGCUGUAACUUUUGGACCAUUUCGUGUUUCUUGUGAAGCUGAGCAAGCAAGAACAGAUUACUUCAUUAGAACAUUAUUACUUGAAUUUCAAAAUGAGACUCGUAGUGUCUACCAAUUUCAUUAUGUUAACUGGCCUGACCAUGAUGUCCCUUCCUCUUUUGAUUCUAUUCUGGACAUGAUCAGCUUGAUGAGAGAAUACCAGGAACAUGAAGAUGUACCAAUUUGCAUACACUGCAGUGCAGGGUGUGGAAGAACAGGAGCCAUCUGUGCCAUAGAUUACACGUGGAAUUUGCUUAAAGCUGGGAAAAUACCUGAAGAAUUCAAUGUAUUUAAUUUAAUACAGGAAAUGAGGACACAAAGGCAUUCUGCAGUGCAGACAAAGGAGCAGUAUGAACUUGUCCAUCGAGCCAUAGCACAACUGUUUGAAAAGCAACUGCAGAAGUAUGAAAGUUGUGCAGACUGGAAGAUUGCAGAUGGAGUGGAUGAAAAUAAUACAGAGAAUGCUGUCAGUUCUUCAGAUGCUGAGAAACAGGAUUCUCCUCCACCAAAGCCUCCACGGACCCGCAGUUGCCUUGUAGAAGGAGACGCUAAAGAAGAAAUCUUGCAACCUCCAGAGCCUCAGCCAGUACCACCAAUCUUAACACCGUCUCCCCCAUCAGCUUAUCCAACAGUCACUACUGUGUGGCAGGACAAUGACAGAUACCAUCCAAAGCCAGUUUUGCACAUGGUUUCGUCGGAGCACUCAACAGACCUCAAUGAGAAUUAUAAUAAGUCAAUAGAACAUUCAGGGAAGAGUGAACCCAGUGAACGUGCAGAGAAAAGGCUGGAGCGCAACCUAAGUUUCGAGAUCAAGAAGGUACCUCUUCAAGAAGGGCCACGAAGCUUUGAUGGGAACUCCCUAUUGAACAGGGGACAUGCAAUUAAAAUGAAGCCUGUGUCAUCCUGUGUAAUUGAUAAGAGCUUUAAGCCACAAGAACAGAUUUCAGGGGAUUCAUUUGUAGAUGCUUCUCAAAACUCAUGUAUGGAAUGCAGUGUGCCACAGUCUAACACAGCCUUAAUACCUUCACCAGAAAGCCUGCAGAGCCAGCAGGUUUCUGAUACUCCACCAAGACCAGAUCGUCUGCCUCUGGCAGAAAAGGGACAUGCCACGUGGUCACUGCAUGGGCCUGAAAAUGCACUGCGUACGCCGGUGUCUGAAGACACGUCUUCAGACAUCUUAUGUCAUGGCGUUAAAACUCUCUCUCUGGUGUCAAACACCACAGUUGAACAUCCUUCUAGUGGUAAUCUUGACCAUCCUGCUAUUUCUGUUCGAGCACCCCUCUGUUUUACUAAUCCUCUUCAUUCAGAUGAUUCUGACACAGAUGAGAUGAACUUUGAUGGAGUCGUGAGCAAAAGCGCAUCUAACGUUUCAACCGCAAGUGCCACAGUUUCUGCUGCCACUAAUACUGAAAACAUUUGUGCCAGAAAAGUAUUGCCAAUGUCUAUUGCUAGGCAAGACUUAACAGCUGUAACGUGUUCUGAAGAUGGCAAAGAUGCUGAUGCUAGUGAAGAUUCCUCUCCCCCGCUCCCAGAAAGAACACCAGAAUCAUUUGUAUUAGCAAGUGAACAGAGCACACCCUUGCCAAGGCCCGUUCUGGUUGGACAGUCUGAGUGGAGCGUAUUGCACGAUCAGCAUCUCCCUGAGCAGACAGCCCCUACAGGUUUGAAAACAACUUCACCGAUACUACCCGAUCGUCCCGAAAGAAGCAACAAGACACCAACUGAUGUUUUACCUCAGAUUUCUUUUUCUGGUUCCACUGAUACAAGAGGUCAGAUUUCAGAAUGUCCUGCAGAAGUAACAGAUAUCGGUUUUGGUAACCGCUGUGGAAAGCCCAGAGGACCAAGAGAGCCACCUUCAGAAUGGACAUGAUCCAAGAACCAAUGGACAUACAUACUAUCAAUAAAUUAUACUGGAAAACUCAAGUGCCACUGAGAACUAGAAAAAAUAGUAUUCCACUUUCCUGGGGGGCGACUAACACAGAGCAGUGUAGAUCUAACUACCAAAUGGUACACCCUUACAGUACAUCCCAUGCAAAACCUUAAAACAUUGUUCACGACAGUGGAUUCCAGUAUCACAACUUAACUUUUUGCUGGGGCCAUCUACCUGCCUUAUUACACUUAGGAGAAAGUAUUACAUAUGAUUUAUUUUGUAACUUCAAGUAUUAUUGCCUUAAUGUCUUUUAACCCUGUUACACGCUGCUUGUAGACAUAUGUUAAUAUAGUAAUACUUUGGACAGAUUGUGUUUAUGGACUACUUUUUGCUAACGUUUGAUUACCAUGUAUGCAUUAUUUUGUAUAUGUACAGGGCAAGUAAGUAUAUAAUUUGAUAAAGUUGCAAUCAUAAAAUAUUAACAGAAGAUGUAAGAAAUCUCUGCAUGAUCUAAAUUUUUUGUGUACCUUAUUUGUAAAUUAUUUGCCCUGAAGUUUUAGAAAAUAGUUUCUGGGGUUUUUUACCAAACUUGCUGGACACACACAGCCGGAAUUGCAGGUUAGCAGAGAUAAAGAUUGUAAUACAUUUUGUAAAUUGUAAGCAAAAGGUUAUUUUUAUAUUAUAUGCUGUUUAAUUGUCAGACCUAAUUUGUUCUGGUUUUCAUCUAGUCAUGGAGAUUCAGUAAGUGCCUUGGAACAGUAUUGAAUUCUCUUAGCCUGUGUAUGUUACUUCAGUGUUUUGAGUUCAUCUGGAAUUAGAUUAUCAAAAAUAUUUGUACGUUUCUAGUAUAUUUGACCUGCCAGUAAAAGAGAAACCAUUCUACAUAAUCAACACUCUUUAGUUUUCAUUUGAAUGUUUCAUCAGUUGCAAUCUUUAGAAAAGUCAUCUCUCUCAACUUUCUGUAUAAUAGGAUUUUACAGGUUUAAUACGGCGUGUUUCUAAUUUGGGAAAACCAGAACACACUGGUGAAAGGACUGUUUAAAUACCACUGUCUUCUCUUACAAAUGGUAAAUACCAUUUUUUGUUGUUCAGCGACUGUGUAUGUAAGAAAGCGACUUAUAUGAAGGUUCACAUAGAGCCCUUGCAGCUACACUGUAUCUUGGCAAUAUAUUAUGUCAAGAGUUAAUCCUUAUAAGGAUUCCUUACUUAAACUUUUCUGUAAUACAAUCUUUAAAUUAAAGAAAGUCAAAAUCUCA